AGGUCCAAUUUUGAACUUCGAAGGCUCAUACUUGAUUUCAGAGGGUAACUUCGAAAAACGGAGAAAUUACUUUUUUUACUUAUGAGUCAAUCUCUCCAAAAAAACAAUUGGUUUGGUCCAAUACUCCGGAAAAAGGUUAUUUUGCCGUAUAGUGUUAUAGUUCAGUUUCAGUACAUACUUAUUACAGUAAAAUCUGCCUAAAUCACCUAGCUUGGAUACCCUACACUCAGUUUCCUGGCCCCAAUAAAUAUAUUAUCCUUGCCAUUUAUCCUUUUAGCGUACACAACCCGCGUAAGUACCUUCGAAGUUAGCAUUUCCAGGGGAGGUAGUUAAGCGGAUUUUAUUGUACAUAUUUACAUAUUUAAAAUCUUAACUUAACUAAGUUUAUCUCAAUACUGGGAGCCUCUCAAGAGUUUCCACUUCACUUCAAAACCAUAUACAUACAUACAUACAUACAUACAUACAUACAUACAUACAUACAUACAUAUGAACAUAGACUAACUUCAACAAAUUAUUCAUACUUUUAGAUUGCAUCCUCGUAAUUUUGCCCAACAAUGUCGGACGAAUCGGAAACGCUGUCGAAGAAGACCCGCAAAGCUUCGAGUCCCGCCUUCUCAGAUGAUGAACACAUCGAACCGCCGGCAUUCAGUUUGGCUACUUUGGGCCUGCGUCGUGUUGGCUCGGCACCACCGCCCAAGCCGCAACCGCAGCAACCUAUACAAAUGUUGAACGCACGCGGUAUGCCUGCCCGCAUACGCAAGCGAAACCGCUUCUUCUUCGAUGACGACAUCAUUAACGAUGACAAGCCACUCCGGAUGAGUCUCUCACCACGCAAAAUGCCACACAAGGCAAGCGUUUCGCCCCAUAAAACACCCACCAAGGUUCUGAAGAAACGCACAGGCGUCGUCUCACGUUACAUGCGCUCAGAUGAGAAGAAAAAAAGCACUGAGGUGACCACUCCGACACGCAGCAGUCACACAAGUGGCGCCAGCUCAUCGACAAAUACCACUCCCAAAUCGAGCACACGCCACAGUGGCAUACCAAUCGCCUCGAACAGCAGCAGUUCCGGCACAGUGGCACACAUUAUACCGGCUGAUAAGAAGAUCGGUCAGAGCAUCGGCUUACGUUUGCGCAAUUUGUUGAAACUUCCCAAAGCUCAUCGCUGGGUAAUAUUUGAGUGGUUCUAUUCGUUUCUCGAUAAAGCGCUCUUUGAGGGUGAAAACGAUUUUCAAGUAUGCUUGUCAGAAUCUUUUCCUAAUCUAUGCACGCGCCAGUUAAAUCGAGCCGAGUGGCGGAAAAUUCGCGCAUUGAUGGGCAAACCUCGGCGUUGUUCGCAAGCAUUUUUCGAAGAGGAAAGACGUGAGCUUGAAAGCCGCCGCCAAAAGAUACGCUACAUACAGAGUCGUAGGUCGGGCGACAUUAAGGAUUUAAACUUCGUUCGUGAUUUACCGGAAAAGAUACCACUACCGCUGCCCAUAGGCACCAAGGUGACGGCACGAUUGCGUGUGCCACAAGAUGGUAUUUUCAGCGGCACCGUAGACGCCUACGAUUCGAUGAACUCCACAUACCGCAUUACGUUCGACAGAAGCGGGCUAGGUACACACUCUAUACCAGACUUUGAAAUCGUCUCGGAGAAUUUCCACGAAAUGCUUCCUUUGCAGAGCAUCACAAGGGACAGUAGGCCUAACUUGAUGAGCAUAUUCAAUGGGGUCAGCUCUUCGCCACUGCGCAACAUGCGCAACGUCCGAUCUGCACUCAACAUGAAUUUGAACAAGAGUGACCCAGUGCUGGCGCAGGAGGUAAUCGAAAGUCCAUUCAAGGACCCGGUACUAGGACGCGAUAACAUCAACGGCUACCCGGUCAAACUGCUGGAGACUCUGGUGCGCUUGAAACGCGCUCUAGCCUCCAAACGUUCCAAACUACAACGCCUCAGCGAAAUGAACAACGAAGCGGAAUUGAAAGCUUCACAGCAACUCGCAGCCGCACACAAUUCAAAUUCAUCCUCAGAUGAGUCGCAAAAUACAAAUGAGACAGUACCACAGUUGAGCGAAGAAUUCCAAAGGCGCUAUGCCUCAAUUGUCAUUUCGAUGGAGAAAAUGAAUCGUGAUAUGCAGGAUUAUCUUAAUGAUGUGCAGGCGUUCGCAGGCGAUUUAACACGCGAUCCGCAAGUGCAAGCAAUGCUCGCCCCCUCAUAUCUGCGCGAAAAGUGCCGCGAAGCCGCCGAAGAUGCAGUGCAGCGCAAUAAUCAGGGCACAGUAAAAAAUAAGACCGUACGGCUCAUUAAAAACCUUGCAACUGUGCUGCUUGUCGCUUCACAUUUGGGCAAUGAUGGCAAUUCGGCUGAAGUUUCGAAAGUGCUCGAAGGUUGCAUCGAAGAAGUGCGUUCCAGUUUGUGUGGCGUAAAUGUAGAAACCUUUCAGAAAAAUGUACAGAUUCAUUUGCAUCAUGUGCGCAUGCUGGCCGCCAAUAAUAGUGUGAUGAUGGGAAACUCAACCAUCUCAACAGCCGGCGGACCUGAUAGAUAAAUUUCUGGAGCCGAAAAAUACACUUAGAAAUAUUACUCUACGAAAAUGGAUGUAC